UUGGACGAUCAGUUGGUCGAUCAGUUGGACGAACAGUUGGUCGAUCAGUUGGACGAUCAGUUGGUCGAUCAGUUGGACGAUCAGUUGGUCGACCAGUUGGACGAUCAGUUGGUCCACCAGUUGGACGAUCAGUUGGUCGAUCAGUUGGUCGAUCAGUUGGUCGAUCAGUUGGUCGAUCAGUUGAUCGACCAGUUGGUCGAUCAGUUGGACGAUCAGUUGGACGAUCAGUUGGACGAUCAGUUGGUCGAUCAAUUGGUCGACCAGUUGGACGAUCAGUUGGUCAACCAGUUGGACGAUUAG